AUGGGUGCUCUCUGCGAUUACUGUGGGGAGCAUAGGUCCAUGGUUUACUGCCGAUCCGAUGCGGCUUCUUUGUGCUUGUCAUGCGAUCGCAAUGUGCAUUCAGCUAAUGCUCUUUCUCGGCGCCAUACGAGAACACUUCUGUGUGACCGGUGUGCUUCACAGCCUGCCAUGGUCCGCUGCCUAGAAGAGAACACCUCACUUUGCCAAAAUUGUGACUGGAAUGGGCAUAGUGCUGGAUCCUCUGCUGCUGGACACAAAAGACAGAACAUAAACUGCUAUUCGGGGUGCCCAUCAUCUGCAGAGCUUUCGAGAAUGUGGUCAUUCAUUUUGGAUAUUCCUAAUGUGGCUCCUGAGCUGAAUUGUGAGCAAGUAAUAAGCAUGAUGAGCAUCAGUGACAGUGCUGUCAGUAAUGGAGACAAUGCUCAAGGGGACAACAGUUUGUUAGAUAUGGCUUGCGCAACACUUGAUGAAGAAGACAAGCAAAAGUCUGUGAUAGGCUCAUCUUCUGAAGCUGGUCUGAACCUUCUUACACCUGCUAAUAAUCAGACAGCUGUAUCUGUGGAUUCGACGACAGCUAAGUAUACGCCAGACAAACAUAUGUUCAGCAAGGACAGCAUAUAUGAAGAUUUUUCUAUGGAUGAUAUUGAUCUGAGUUACGAAAAUUAUGAAGAACUAUUUGGUAACUCUCAUAUUCAGACUGAGGAACUCUUUGAUGAUGCUGGCAUUGACAGUUACUUUGAAGUUAAGGAAGCGACUGCUGUGAAUUCUGAUGAGCAGCCCAAGCCAAAGCAGCCGGCUGCUAGCAAUGCGUUAUCUGCUGACUCUGGGAUGUCAAAUCCAGCAGUAAAAGAAGAUGAUUCCAGUCUUUGUAUUCCUGUGAGGCAAGCUAUUUCCUAUUCUGGCUUUACUGGUGAGAGCAUUCCUGAAGAAUACCAGGAUUGUGGUGUAUCACCAAUGCUCCUUAUGGGCGAGCCUCCAUGGCUUCCUCCUGGUCCUGAUGGCUCAUUUGCUGGAAUUAGAGACAGUGCUAUCACACGGUACAAGGAGAAGAAGAAAAGAAGAAAGUUUGACCACAAGAUCAGGUAUGAAUCUCGCAAGGCUAGGGCGGAUGUGAGAAAGAGAGUCAAGGGACGGUUUGUUAAGGCCGGUGAAGCGUAUGACUAUGAUCCGCUCGACACAAGGAGCUACUGA